ACACACACACACACACACACACACACACACACAGCAAGCCUGGGAAACCCUCGGUCCUGCCUCGCCCCACACGCCUGCCGGGACACCCCACCCCGUCCUGCCCCGCCCACCACCGGGAGUCUCGGUCUGUAAACUCCGACUGGUUCAUCCCGACCGGACCGAGCCGAGCUGCUGUCCAUGGCAUUCUUCAUCUCCACCCUCCUCUUCCUCUCCGUCUGCCUGGGCGGGGCGAAGCCGGCUGUCAGUCAGUCCAGCGACCAGUCGGAGCCCAUGUGUCAUGACUGGGGCCAGCGGGGUGAGCUAGCGGUGUUGGAGGGGGAGGCUGGCUGGCUCUCCUGUCCUUUAUUCUCUUAUCCCUCCAUCUACAACUACAGCUCGGCCCAGAGCGCCGGCCUCACCCUCUUCUGGUACCACAUUCCUGCUGGCCACGUCCUGGAGCAGCCAAUCAAAUCCAGCCAGAGGCUCAGCAAGGAGAGGGAGAGGCUGUGGCUGCAACCUGCGGCUGCCAAUGACACAGGACAGUACAUCUGUAUGCUACGCAACAUAUCGUCAUGCACUAAGAUCGCCAUGCGUCUGGACGUGUUGCCGCACAACAAGACGGUUCCGGGCGGCUGCAGGCCUCCGUUCGCCGUGGCGCCCGAGAAGGCGGUCAUCACGCUGCAGCGGGGCGAGACGCUCGAAUGUCCCGACCUGCAGGAAGUCGCCGACAGCAACCCGAAGGUCACCUGGUACCAUCUGUGUGAGCGUGUGUUGGAUGUCAGGGACAUGGAGGUGAAACACAACAGGCUGGAGGUGCACCUGAUGCUGGUCCGAUACCAGGGUUUGUUCUCCUGCACGGUUCAGUUCCGCAGGAGAGACAAAGAUCUGCAGUUCAGCCGCAGCAUCAACGUCACCGCCGUCAAUCCCAGUCAGUCCAAACUUCCCCAUGUCCUCCACCCGACCAAGGACCAGGUUUUCACCGCCAAACGGGGUGCCGAGAUGCGUUUAGACUGCAGAGGGUUUUUCCCCUACCUGGAGGGAGAGAGCGACAUUUGGUGGACCAUCGAUGGGAAGCGAGUGGACACAACGGAUCCUCGCUUAUCCACAACUAACAGAGACGUGCAUAACGACCACGAGGACCGGACCUUGGAGAGCAUCCUGCUGAUCCAGGACUUCCAGCCUGAAGAUCUGAAGAGAGAAUAUAACUGCUCAGUCAAGAACGAGCUGGGCUUCGACACGCGCAGAGCUCAGCUGAAAGAGGAAGUGUCGGUGCCGGUGGUGGAGCUCAGCUGUGGUCUUGGUGUGACUCUGCUGCUGAUGCUGACUCUGUUCGUGGUUUAUCACAUCUUCUGGCUGGAGCUGCUGCUGCUCUACCGCUCCUGGUUCGGUACCGACGAACGCUACACAGAUGAUAAGGAGUUCGACGUUUACAUCUCGUACGCCAGGAACAGCGAAGAGGAGCAGUUCGUCCUGUCGACGCUGCGCAGUGUUCUGGAGAACGAGCUCGGAUACUCCGUGUGCAUCUUCGACAGGGACAGUCUGCCUGGCGGGACCAUCACAGACGAGACGCUGAGUUUUGUGACUCGCAGCCGGCGCCUCCUGGUGGUGGUGAGCCCCGGCUACGCCUCGCAGGGCUCACAGGCACUGCUGGAGCUGAAGGCGGGCAUCGACAGCAUGGCGCUGGGUGGGCACCUGCGAGUAAUCCUGGUGCAGUACCGGCCGGUGCGGCGGCAGGGCUGGGUGAGGGAGCUGAGGAGGGCGCGGCUGGCACUGGCGCUGGUCCGCUGGCAGGGGGACAAGUCCAGAGAACUGACAUCCCGCUUCUGGAAGAGGCUGCGGGUGGAGCUGCCAGUCCGAAGGGUCACCCGGGAGGGGGAGAAGGGGCUGCGGCGGGGCAGCGGGGAGGAGGACAUGUCCCUGAGGAGGCUCCAGAGUCAGAACAGCACCAGCUCGCAGACCGGACUCAUCACCAACACGAUGAAGGACCCGCAGGCCGUGCUGAACUGCGCCACCGGCAUGUAG